AUGAUCGCUGCGCCUGUCAUACUCCUUGGGCUAGUCGCCUCUUCCAACGCGUACUGGCUCAUGGGCAUAGAAAACUUUAUUACGACAGAACGAAUUGACCCAAUCGUCUCCCCUGGAAGAAUCUCGAACCAUGUUCACUCUGUCGUUGGCGGUAGUAACUUCCGCAUGUCGGAUGUCACGACGGAAGGCCUGCGGCGGAGUUCGUGUACCUCAGUCCCCAUCGUCCAGGACAAAUCCAAUUAUUGGUUUCCUCAUCUGUAUUUCCAGUGCAUGGAGAAAUGGGAGCUUCACCAGCGUGAACGGCGGGGCCGUUAUCUGUAUGUUGACCUCAAAGCCGUGGCGGACGUCCAUCUGAAUUUAUCCUUAGAUUAUCUUUUCAGCGACAAGCCCGGAACGACGACUGCCUUCCCCGAUGAUUUCCGAAUGAUUUCUGGGGAUAUGACGCUACGAAGCUACGACCACAAAAGUUACGCCCAACAGGCGAUAUCCUACCUCUGUCUCGAUUUCAACGGGGUAACGACAAGACACACCGGCAUCCCUAAGAAAUCGUGUCCGUCCGGUAUUCGAUCCCAAAUUAACUUCCCCAGUUGCUGGGAUGGAAAGAAUACGGAUUCGCCAGACCACAAAUCACACGUCGCAUUCCUUUCAGGGGGACCAGAUAGUGGUACUUGCAGCGACAAAAGAUUCCCGAUAACCCUUCCCCGGAUCUUCAUUGAGGUCUAUUGGGAUUCUCACUCCUUCGAUGGCCUGCGCAAUCAGGCAAUGAAUCCUUCUCAACCAUUCGUCUUCUCUCAUGGAGACUCUACUGGGUAUGGCAACCAUGCCGACUUCGUUAACGGCUGGGAACCGGGUGUGCUUCAAAACGCCGUCGACAAUUGCCACUGCAACCCAUACGGCGAUCCUACUUGCUGCGCCAAUCAAGGUAUCUUCACCUUGACUAAGGGAAAGAAAUGCCGAAUCACCAAGGCCAUCGAUGAAGCGACAACGGGAACUCUUCCUAGGCUUCCAGGCAAUAACCCCGUCGUUGGCGAAGGCAAACCUGCCCCUAUCUUAUCAGAACUCGUAAAGCCUGCCCUUAUCGCACCCAUCUUUGCGUACACGGGAGACCAGCCCAAUGCUGUUGGCUCAGUCAUUGGCUCUCCUGAAGCGAAGGAACCGGAAACGACCAUCUCCUCUUCGAGCUCCAUAGCUUCUACCCAUCCAUCGCUUUCACCACAGACCUCCAGUCACGCCGCCGCCACGUCCAGCAUUCCACCGGCAUCCACGGUCAAAGUCGUUCAUCCUCCUGCUGUUCGUCCAACUCGACCCCCUGUCAGACCUCAUUCAGACUCGAGCUCCGUCCAUGCUCGAGAGCAAGAAACUCCCGACCACGCCGAGUCGCCUUCGGUACUUGAAGGUACCGAUGAUGAACUCAAGGCUAGCGAUGAUUCGAACUUAACGGUGAAGACGAAUACAAAGUUUACGAAGAGGAGGCGCCAUCGCCAUCAUAGGUUCAACCAUAAUGGGCCCCUCGUCAAUCAUCUAUGA